AUUGUACAAUUCCGUAUUUCACCUUCUCGACACUCUCACUCUCUCUCUAGAAAGUUCCCUAAACCCUGUAAAACCCUAGCGCUUUGUGUCUCUACCACCGAAACCUUAGCCAUGGCUCUGCAUCCACUUCGCCUCCGUCGGACACUAACUACUCUGACUACCCUCCACCGUACUCUCUCCAUUCCCAACCCUGCUGUCCCUACAAUUACAGCCACCAUUUCCAAUUCCACCCGUACUCCAUUAUCAUCAACAACAUCAUCCUUCGGUAUCUUUCAAUCUCGAUGGUUCAAAUCGUCGGGGGGUCCACUUUCAUCUCCGAGACAGUACAAACUAUACAAAGAAGGGGAUGAGAUAACCGAAGACACGAUUUUAUUCGAAGGCUGCGAUUACAACCAUUGGCUCAUCGUCGUUGAUUUCCCCAAAGAUAAUAAGCCUCCCCCUGAAGGAAUGGUCCGUACUUACGAGCAGAUUUGUGCUCAAGGCCUCGGCAUCAGCGUGGAGGAGGCGAAAAAAAGAAUAUAUGCGUGUAGCACAACUACUUAUGAAGGUUUUCAGGUUUUAAUGUCUGAAGAAGAGUCUGAAAAGUUUCAUGAUGUACCCGGGGUUGUUUUUGUAUUGCCAGACUCUUAUAUUGAUCCAGUAAAGAAGGAGUAUGGAGGCGACAAAUAUGAAAAUGGUGUUAUCACACCAAGACCACCCCCUGUUCAGUAUGGUAGACACCAAGGUGGUAGGUUCCGUCAAAAUAAUAGAAAUCCUGACCAACCAAGGUAUGAUCGACAAGGAAACCCAAUGCAAAACCAGCAAGGAAAUUCACCAUACAAUCAGCAGGGAUUUGUGCAAGGGGAUGGAAGGAACUAUAGGCCUCCACAAAAUUAUCCACCUCAACAAAAUUAUGGUCAGCAGCCACCAAUGAACAACAGGGAUGCUCCACAAGGAAGUGAUCCUUCAUACCAGGGCAGUUACAACCAAGGAGGGCAGGUAAAUUAUAUGUCCCAAGAGCGAAGGGACUUCUUUCAGAAAGAUGGGCACAAUUAUGUGCCUCCUGAGCAAAGGGAUUCCAGAGGAGAUCAAAGGAACUUUGCUUCCACACAAGGUGGGAAUUAUGGGCAGGGACCAAGUUCUGGCUAUGGGCAGAAUUUUGGGCAAGGGGCAAAUCCUGGCUAUGGGCAGAAUUUCGGGCAAGGAGCAAAUCCUGGCUAUGGGCAGAAUUAUGGGCAAGCAAAUCCUGGUUAUGGGCAGAAUUAUGGGCAAGGAGCAAAUCCUGGCUAUGGACAGAGUUAUGGGCAAGGAUCAAAUCCUGCGUCUGGUCAGAACUAUGGGCCAGGAGCAACUGCUGGCACUGGGCAGGGUUAUGGGCAGAGAACAAAUGCUGGGGAUGGACAGACUUACCCGGGACAUGGAGCUGGUCAAGGGUUCUCACAGGCAGAGCAGAGAAAUGUGCAAGGAGAGCCAACCGGAUCAAUGGGACAAGGAGGGAUGCAACAAGGAAGAUACUGAAAGAUUUCAAACGGUUCUUUGAGAUGAUUGGGAGAAUGGACGUGCAAAGGAGUCAUGGUGUCUUUUCUUUCUCUCUUUAAGAGUUACCUAUAGCAGUUUCUGUUAUCUGUCGUGGUAAAUAGUCGACUGUUUUGUCUUAGAUCAGUUUUCUGACUGUGAAGUUCGAGCUUGUAGCAUCCCCUAUUUGGUUAAGAGCUUGGACUAGAAUUUUAUCAUCAAAUCAAAAUGUGAUUUUGCCUUCUUGUUUCUGCCUUUUCAUUAUCAGAAAAUGUAGGAAUUUCCUCCUAUCGUCCGUAUGAAUCUCUCUUCUUGAAGAAAAUUCUGCAUGGAGGCUGCCAUUUAACA